UUGGAACAUGACUAGGCAGAGGUGCACAUAUAAAGAGGCUGGAAACGAAGUUCAUUCACAAUCUUGCGUUGCAACCAAACCACACAGACAUCGGCAAAUCUUUGAUCAUUUCGUGACACAAUGGCUCAUCUCCUUGGGACUUUUGACAUCCAUCGAGACGUACUUAGCGACAGGGAGCGACUCCAGCACCGAAGAACCAGCCAAAAUGUCUUUCCACCAAGCAUGCCCAUCAUGGUGGCUGACAUUCCGCAUUCCAACAUCUUGUACAAGCGAGUCUUCUUUCACCAGCCUACAGGAGCACAGGCCUCGAAACCUGGACUUGCUUGGCCUAUGACCUACCAACACGAUGCCUGGUGAAGAUAGUAACAUCGACUGUCACGUGAUUUUUGACCAGCCUGCAGAAAUCUCUUAACCUGCUCUCAGAUUCACAGCUGAGAUUGCAUAGCGUAGGAAAAAUUCUGCCUGGAACUCUGUGCUCACCUCCCUGCUGUCGACGAUACAGCAGGGUGAUGUGAUAUAUCUAUGAUUUGAUAUGAAUCAUGUCUAGAUUGCAAAUGUCCCUAAGCUGAGGCUGUAUGGUUCGAGGAAAGGUCCAUGUCAUUCGGGACAAAUACUUUCCUGUAUUUC